AUGUUCUUCGUAGCAGACUCGGCAUCGAACGAUCAGCUGACUCAAUUCCAGUUCAACCGGCCGAAGCAGCUCAAUUCCUUCGGCGGCAGCAUGAUCUCCGAUACCAUUUCGGCACUUCGCGAGCUGGAUAGACAUCCCGACACCACAUUCACUGUCCUCACCGGCGAAGGUAGAUUCUUCGCCGCAGGAGCAGAUGUCACGAGCGUCACCAAAACCCCCACCAGCUUCAAGAACGAAGGCGAGAAGAAGAUCUUCUGGGCCGAGCGGUUCGCCGUGGGCAUGGAACUCGUCCGAUCCAUCAUCGACCACAAGAAAGUCGUCGUGCUAGCCAUGAACGGCCACGGAGUCGGCGCAGGAGCCGCAUGGUUCCAAGGCUCGAGCGAUCUCUUCUACGCCGCCGAGGGCACAUGGCUGCAAGUGACAUUCAGCCAGCUGGGUCUGAUUCCCGAGAACGGAAGCGCCGUCAACUGGGCGCAGCACAUGGGCGUCCACCGCGCGAAUGACUGGUUGAUGUUCGGCGGUAAGGCGCCGGUGGAGGAGUUGAAGGAAAUGGGACUGGUGAAUAAGAUUUUCCCGAAGGAGAACUUUCACGCCGAGGUGCAUGCUUACCUCAAGGAGAUGCUGAGGGAGAGGGAUGGGAAUUCGUUGAUGGAGAUGAAGAGGUUGCAGAAUAAGAGUACGAGGGAUGCGAGGAUUCUGGGACUGUUUGAGGCGUGGCAGGCGCUUUCGGAGAAGUUUGUUGCGGGCGAGCCGCAGAAGAGGAUGGGGGCGAAGAUGCAGGAGUUGGCGGACAAGCGCAAAAACCGAGAGUCGAAGAUGUGA